CCACACAAAAAGAAAGGAAUCCAUCCACCUAAACCAACCCCCAUCUGCAAAUUAAGCAUCUCAAUUCUCACUCCCACACGCUUUUUAUUCCAAAAAAUUAGGGUAAAACAGAAGAAAAUCGAUCAUCACUUUCCCAUUUCAUCACUUCCCAAAUAAUACACAACACUCUUCUCUGAUCUCCCUCCACACUGAUCAAAAAUGACGAUCCUGCCCUCCUUCCUCAGCCCCGUAACCCUAUGGGGCCUCUACGUCCGCCGCUGCUUCGCCGCCUCCGGACUCUCCCAGCAGUCCAUGAAGCUCGACGAACACACCACCCUUCACUUCUGGGGGCCCCACCAAACUAUCCCUAACAACAAGCCCUGUCUGGUCCUCAUCCACGGCUUCGGCCCUGCCGCCAUGUGGCAGUGGCGGAAGCAGGUCCAGUUCUUCACUCCCAACUUCAACGUCUACGUCCCCGACCUUGUCUUCUUCGGCAGGUCCACCACCACGUCACCCGACAGAGCCGAAACGUUUCAGGCGGCCUCGGUGGCGAAGCUGCUGGAGAAGCUGGGCGUGGAGAGGUUCAGCGUGGUGGGGACCAGCUACGGUGGCUUCGUGGCGUACCACGUGGCCAGGAUGUGGCCGGAGAGAGUUGAGAAGGUGGUGAUUGCUAGCUCUGGGGUCAACAUGAGAGGGAGAGAUAGCGAGGCGUUGCUUAAGAGAGCUAACGUUGAGAAAAUCGAGGACCUCAUGCUUCCGGCCACCGCCGCGCAGCUCCGCAAGUUGGUCCGUCUAGCUAUGUUUAAGAAAGUUGACAUGAUCCCUCAAUUCUUCAUGAACGACUUGAUAGAGAAAUUGUACUCGGAUAAAAGGAAGGAGAAGAUGGAACUUUUGAAGGGAGUGACUAUUGGAAGAGAUGACAAAGCAAACAUCUCUCCUCUUGAUGAUAAGGAGGUGUUGAUUGUGUGGGGAGAAAGUGACCAGAUAUUUCCUCUGGAGAUGGCUACUGAACUGAAGCAACUUAUGGGGACGAAAGCGAGACUGGAGGUGAUCAAGAACACAUCACACAUGCCGCAGAUUGAAGAUUCUGUGCAGUUCAACCACAUUGUACAAAACUUCUUGUGCAAGGACCGAGUCUGAAACUGUGACUGCUAUUAGCUAUGCUGGGACAUUUGGGG